AUGACCAAUUCUAAAUACGACAUCCCCUAUGCCAUGACCCCAGUGAAGAAUGGGAAGAAGGGGAAGGGUAAGAAAUCGAAAUAUUCUGCCUAUCUGGAAGACCAAGAUUCAUGGUAUAACAGAAUGUUAUCACCAAAUGCUAGAAAGCUAUUGGCGUAUAUUCUAUUCUUCUCCAUCUUUGCCACUGUUUUCUUAACAGCAUUGAAGAAUCACAAAAAGGCCGAGAUGAAAGGCUAUGAUAUGGAGUUGGAAUAUUCAAAUAGUAGGGAAGCUAAUCUGAUAAGUGAUGAAGUAGAUAAUUUCCAUGAUGCCAAUCACGAAGAAUUGGACGUUGAUGAAAUAGAUAUAUUUGAUAGUGACGAGGGAGAAAUUGCUUCACCUCCUAGGAAAUCAAUCAAAAAGGCAAAUGAGGAUGCCAAGAGGGGUGAUUCCAGCUUCGAUGAGGAGUUGGAUGAAUUGGUUGAAACGGGCAAUAAAAAGCUAAAGGGAGAAAAUGCCAGAAAUGUCAAGGGACAAUUGGCCAAUAAAGAAAUGGAGAACGCAAGAGAAAAGGCAAGAGCCGAUGCUGCUGCAAAGGCCAAGGCUGUUGCAAAGGCUAAAGCCAAAGCUAACGCAAAUCCCAAAGGAAAGGCUAAAGCUAGAGCUUAA